AUGGCUACCAAUCACGAGGAUGCCGCCGUUGAGCUCCAUGAAAAGUUCUCUGAGCGCGUCCCCAACAAGCAUCACGACGUCGCCGGCGGCUACAUCCAGGAGCCGGACGUCGAUGCGGCCUCGUCGGACGAGAAGAAGGACCUCGAGAACGGCCUGCCCACCGCCGACGGCGAGGAGCCCUCGGCCCACGAGCGCGCCACCCUGCGCCGCGUGGGCGAGAGCCUCCCCCCCUCGGCCUUCCUCAUCGCCUUCGUCGAGCUCACGGAGCGCUUCACCUACUACGGCGCGCAGGGCCUGUUCCAGAACUACAUCAGCCACGACAAGCACGGCGCCGACGGCGCCAAGGGCCUCGGCAUGGGCCACCAGGCGGCCACGGGCCUCAACCUCUUCUUCCAGUGGUUCUGCUACGUGACGCCCAUCCUCGGCGCCAUCAUCUCGGACCAGUACCUCGGCAAGUACAAGACCAUCCUCAUCUUCUGCGCCGUCUACUGGGUCGGCCUCAUCUUCCUAUGGACCACCUCGCUGCCCUCGACGCGCGACGUCGCCGGCCUCCCCGGCUACAUCGUCGCCAUCAUCAUCAUCGGCCUCGGCACGGGCGGCAUCAAGUCCAACAUUGCGCCGCUCAUCGCCGACCAGUACCAGCGCCGCCGCAUGGCGCUGCGCACGGAGCCCACGGGCGAGCGCGUCAUCAUCGACCCGGCCAUCACCUACCAGCGCAUCUACAUGAUCUUCUACUGGUGCAUCAACAUCGGCGCGCUCUCCCUCAUGGCCACGCCCUUCAUGGAGCGCUACGAGGGCUUCUGGACCGCCUUCCUCAUGUGCUUCUGCAUGUUCAACGUCGGCAUCUUCGUCCUCGUCGUCCGCCGCAAGUCCUACAUCAUCCGCCCGCCGCAAGGCUCCAUCAUCACCGACGCCCUCAAGGCCAUCGGCAUGAUGAUUGUCGGCCGCAGCACCGACGCGCCCAAGAACGCGUGGCGCGCUGCCCACGGCAAGUCCCCCGUGCACUGGGACGACCACUUCGUCGAGGAGCUCAAGCGCGCGCUGCGCGCCUGCAAGGUGUUCCUCUUCUACCCGAUCUUCUGGGUCUGCUACGGCCAGUUCUCGUCCAACUUCGUCACCCAGGCGGAGCAGAUGCAGGGCCACGGCAUGCCCAACGACUUCAUGCAAAACUUUGACUCCCUCUCCAUCCUCGUCUUCACGCCCGUGCUCGACCGCCUGAUCUACCCGCUGCUGCGCAAGUGCGGCAUCGAGCUGCGCCCAAUCGCCCGCAUCACCAUCGGCUUCUGGCUGGCCGCGCUGUGUCUGGCCUACGCCGCCAUCGUGCAGCACCUGAUCUACAGCGCCGGCCCCUGCUACAGCUUCCCCCGCGACAAGGACAACUGCGCCGCCGCGGUCGGCCAAGACGGCGUCAUCGUCUCCAACAACGUCCACAUCGCCGUCCAGACGCCCGCCUACGUCUUCAUCGGCCUCUCCGAGAUCUUCAUCUCCGUCACCGGCCUCGAGUACGCCUACACCAAGGCUCCGCCCAGCAUGAAGUCGUUCGUUCAGAGUAUCUACCUCUUCACCAACGCCUUUGGCUCGGCCAUCUCUGAGGGUCUCGUCCCCGUCUCCAAGAACCCCAAGUUCGUCUGGAUGUACUCUGGCGUCGCCAUCUCGUCCUUCAUCGCCGGCUGUGCCUGCUACGUCCUGUUCCGCCAUUACGAUGCCCAGGAGGAGGACAUGUACGAUCUCGAUCGUGACGAGCCCGAGCUGGAGAUUGGCAAUGAGGCUGAGGGUCUCCAGGCCGCCAAGGAGAAGCGCGUGGAGGGACAGUAA